CCAGACUCCGACGCGUAAUCAACAGUGGUUCAACAAAUUCAAUAUGGCGGCCAAACAUGUGGAAAUUUCAGAUAUUGCAGCAAAAAACUUGGUAGAGAAUGCUGUUGAACUUGGAUUUGUAGAAAAAGUAGAAAAUCCUGUCGUUCUUACGACUCCUUUCUUCCCUAGUAAAAUUGGAGGGAAGCCUGCUUGGCUUGCGUUGACUGGACUACCCUCGCAAAUCUUAUGUAAAAACUGUGAGAAACAGAUGGUAUUUUUAUUGCAAGUUUACGUGCCAUCGGAGGACGAGAAAAGCUCGUCAUAUCAUCGAACAGUGUUUGUUUUUUGCUGUAGAAAUGGCGCGUGUUAUACGUUAAACUGUAAUAAGUGUUUCACAGCGUUCAGAUGUCAGCUGACAAGAGAAAAUGAGUUCUACCCCACCAACUUCAGUUUCCAAGAACAAGAUAAAAUAUUCCAGGAAUUUAAGGAUCGCAAGGCUGGGGUGGGGUCUGGUUGGACAAAGUUAUGCAAGGUGUGUGGGUGCCGGGGGGGAAAAUUGUGCGGAAAGUGUCAUGGAGUACAUUAUUGUAGCAAAGAGCAUCAGGCCGUUGAUUGGAAGACUGGGCACAAGUUAGUGUGCGGGACUGGUGGACAGAAUACUAAUCAGGCAGGUAGGUGGUAGAACAAUCUCAUACCCAGAGCCAUCGUUGACUGGACUAUUGCUCUGGGCAUGAGAUUGGUGGUAGAAUAGAUCUGAUCAUUUAAUUUAACAAAGAGUUUAUGCCUGUUUAUACCUAUGUUACCACUGAUUCACAUGUUAUGUUUGUUAUGCCAAGG